GAUUUUAAGUAAUACCUGGUCUUGCUGCAGCAUCAACUUACAAAAUGGUGAAUUUACCACAGCCGAGACAAGUUUCCCCCGUUAUUAGGGCUUGCCGAUGGGGUGCCUUGUUGGCAGGGAUAGCUUACGGAAGUUAUAGAUAUUCAUACCUUUCAAGAAAAGAAGUUAGUAUUCAAGAACGAGAGAACAAAAUUAGACAGGAAUAUGCCGCAAAAAAGAAGGCUGAAGAAGAGAAGAAGAGUGCAAUUGAAAUGAACGAUUUGGCAAAGGAAGCUGGAAUUAUUCCUAAUGCUUAG